CGCUAGGCUGGAGAUCAGAGCGCGGAUCAAAGUGCUUGGUGCUGCUGCGUUCCAGAGAGGACCUGAAGAUCGGAUACUUGUCUGAAUGAAUGCGUUAAGUUUCUACACAUCAUGGGAGACGGUUUACCGUCCGUAAACCUCAGUAAUGGCUCUAAACGUGACACAGUGGACCUUAACUCUCCAAGCGCUGGCGUAUCAGAACAGUGGGUCGUGGGAAUGGGGAUCCUUAUGGGUCUGAUAGUGUUUGUUAUUGUGGUGGGGAAUAUUCUGGUUAUAGUCGCCAUAGCCCGGAAUCAGAGACUCCAGACGCUCACCAACGUUUUCAUCGUCUCUCUGGCGUGCGCAGACAUGAUCAUGGGGUUGCUGGUGGUGCCAUUUGGCGCGGCUUUGGAGGUCAGAGGAACCUGGAUGUAUGGAUCUUUUUUCUGUGAAUUCUGGAUAUCUGUUGAUGUCCUCUGCGUCACGGCGAGCAUUGAGACCCUCUGCGUAAUUGCAAUAGACAGGUAUAUGGCCAUAAUCUCUCCAUUUCGUUAUCAGAGCCUAUUAACAAAAGCAAGGGCGAAGGUGGUGGUGUGUGGAGUGUGGGCAAUAUCAGCUCUGGUCUCCUUUCCACCUAUCCUAAUGCACUGGUCCCGGGACAGCGAGGAGACAUCCUGCUACGACAAUCCUGAGUGCUGUGACUUCGUCACCAAUCGCGCCUACGCCAUCUCGUCCUCUGUUAUCUCGUUUUACAUCCCUUUAGUAGUUAUGAUAUUCGUUUACGCCAGGGUGUACAGAGAAGCCAAAAAACAACUGAACAAAAUCAAUAAAUGUGAAGGAAGGUUUCACAACAACCCUGGUGUAACUAACUGCAAACCCAACAGAAAAAGAACAACAAAGAUCCUGGCUUUAAAAGAGCAGAAGGCGCUGAAAACGCUUGGAAUAAUCAUGGGAACAUUUACUCUGUGUUGGCUGCCGUUUUUCAUCGUUAACAUAGUGCGGGUCUUUAGCGCAGAAGUGGUGGACAAGGAGCUCUUCGUGUUUUUGAACUGGCUGGGGUACGUGAACUCCGCGUUCAACCCGAUCAUUUAUUGCCGGAGUCCGGACUUCAGGAAAGCGUUCAAGAGGUUGUUGUUGUGUUGCCCGAGGCAGCCGGACCGCAUGCUGCAUGUGAGUUCGUGCGAUCUGUCGCGCUGCACCGGAGGCUUUGGGAACUCUUUGGAGCAAAGCAUGCUCGGGACAUGGGCGGACUGUAACGGCGCGGACAGCAGCGACUCCAGUCUGGAGAGGAACGGCAAACAGUCCCAUUCCGAGUCACAGAUGUAAAAUACAACCAUCAUUAUAAACAGAGCAGCCAAGAACCUGUUUUAAAUGUGACAUCUUUAAAAGAAAGCAAAACUGAGGUUAAUGGAGUGUUAAAGCAGUGUUUUACAUUCUUCAUGGCAAUGUUUUUAUGCAUUGAGCCUUAGGGACCAUUCAGACCGAACGUGUUGUUAUGUUAAUUAAAAGCUAGAGGCAGCACAAAGAAUAGAACAGAACGCAGGUGUCUCGAGACGCGUUUUUUCCUGUUGAAAUACUUUUUUAACUUGACACAGAUAGCUAAAAACGCCAGACACGACAACGGUCAAAGACGUCCGUCUAGUGCAUGUUUACGUAGAAAAAAAAAACAAUAGAAGAACUGCGAAAAGACACGUUUGAUGUGAACAGCCCCCUAUUUGAGUUUUUCUUUCAAAAUUUGGAAUUUUACAGCAUUAUUUUACCUCAUAGGCUAGCUACCUGUAUAAUGUGCAAGUUGUACAAGGGAACUGUUUAUAUUAAACAAUUUGUUCAAAUGUACAGUAUUUAUUUGAUGCAUUGUACAGCAUAAUUGAAAAAGUGUGGCAACGGUAACACUUUAUAAUAGGGUUCUAUUCGUUAACAAAAGUUUUUCUCAGGCUAUAUUAUUGCUAAUUUAACAUAUAGACUUACUACUAAUUUUUCUAUUAGGCUAUUAAUAAAAAGUUGUUUACGUUAAAAUUAGUCAAUGCAUUAUAAACUAACAAUUAACAAUUGUUGUUGUUUUUUUUUUAAAUUAACCAAGAUUCUGUAAGAAAUUCUGUACAAAUGAUUGCUAUUGUUCAUUGUUAGUUCUUGAUACCUAAAGCAUUUACUAAUGUUAACAAAUAUAACCUUAUUGUAAAGUGUUACAAUAUAUCUGUGAUUUAUUGCACCUUAUUUGUGUCAAAUGUGAGCUGCCCUUUUGGAAAUGAUCAUCAAGCAUUUCCAUUUAUUUAACAUUUCUGUUGGUUAUGUUGCUCCAUUAAUUUAUCUGUAAAUGAGAUUUAUCUGUAAAUGAGAUGCACAGAUACAAGUUUUGUUAUGAAUAUAUAGUCCCCAACUUCACAUUUUUACUGAAAUAAAUGAUGUACCAGUGCCUCAUGUGAAGUAUUGUACAAGAUUUAUCAUGUUGUUGGCUAUUGUGCAAUAAAAUGGCAUAAAAUG